AUGGAAUUUUUCUUUAUUUUUCAGACAGAACAAUUUACAUUACUAUGGUUUCUAUUUACUGUAAUUGUCGUCGGUAACGUCUCUGUGCUGAUGGGUCUACUGUUGGGAAAACGCCGGAAAUCACGGAUGGAUUUUUUUAUUAAGCAACUGGCCAUCGCUGAUUUACUCGUCGGUUUAAUUUCGGUCCUGACGGAUAUUGUAUGGAGAGUUACGAUAAUAUGGCAUGCAGGCAACAUCGCCUGCAAGCUCAUUAAAUUUCUUCAAGUAGUUGUGACGUACAGCUCAACGUAUGUAUUAGUCGCACUUUCAAUAGACAGAUAUGAUGCCAUUACUAGGCCGAUGAAUUUUUCCGGAAGCUGGUGGAGAGCCAGAGCUCUUGUUGCAACAGCUUGGGGAUUAUCUGUGGCAUUUAGUAUUCCUAUUAUUUUUCUUUAUGAAGAGAAGCUCAUCCAGGAAAAAAAACAAUGUUGGAUAGACUUGGGAUCACCCGUAAAUUGGCAAAUUUACAUGAGUCUAGUUAGUUUUACAUUAUUUAUAGCGCCUACUAUCAUUAUUUGUGGGUGUUAUUUGGUGAUAGUGACAACUAUCUGGACUCAAAGCAGUGCAUUGCGUCAAAGUCCGAUGCGGGACGACAGACGAGCUUCGUCCAGGGGAUUAAUACCGCGCGCUAAAAUAAAAAGCGUUAAAAUGACAUUCGUUAUUGUUUUUGUUUUUGUUCUCUGUUGGAGUCCAUAUAUCGUAUUUGAUUUACUUCAAGUAUAUGGCUACGUACCGAAAACACAGACAAACAUUGCGGUUGCAACAUUCAUUCAAAGUCUAGCCCCGCUAAAUUCAGCAGCAAAUCCAAUCAUAUACUGUCUUUUCAGCACACCAUUUUGCAAGAACGUACGUAUGAUAGUAAAUCAGUUAAUAAAAAAAUCCAUUAAAAAAAAAGUCUUUAAAAUCUUAAUAACUUUCAACCGGUGCCUUAUAUUCUCUGGAUUUUUAAAAAUCACAAUCAAAACUCUAUUUUUAGUUUUUUCCAGGAUUAAAAAAAACAUGCAGGCGAUUUCCUGGGUUUCGGGACGGUGCUGUACGUGUUCACAUAAUUGCUUUAGCGCCAGUAAUAUUCGGAGGAGAGCAACGAGAACGACGACGGUUACAACAUCGUUGACUGCUCAUUCGUCAAGAAGAAGCGGGCAUAUUCCUAUACUGCAUACCGCAUCCAAAAAACAUGUAAUGGUAUCGUUUGUUUAA